CCUUGACGCUUUCAUCUUCAGUGAAUGAACUCAACUCGAACCAUAAUCGCAAAGUCAUACCGCACAACGGAGCUCCGAUGAGUGGAACUGUACCGGCAUUACUAAUAGUCUGACGAGUCUGUUCACCGGCUCUAUUUAUUUUAAUAUAGUCAGUUUAGGUUUUUGAAAAUGGAGGUCAGUUCCAACCUGAAGUUGUUGCUGGAUCACGCGACGACUUUGAAGCUGCACACUGGGAACUUAGUGAACCGCGGUCGCCUCAAGAAUAAAUGUCUGUCUUCACCAAGUGAGGAGCUUCAAGAUUGCAUCAAAGGAACACUAAGUGAGUGGAUUGCAACAGUACCCAAAACACAUGAAACAGAGUUGCCCAGUGUCCUGGACUGCACAAUCCCCCAAAAUACAGAAUCGAUCACACCAGAGGAGAGAGAGGAACUGAGGGUGUCUGUCAAGCUGUUUCUCGCAGAGUCUGAUUGCUCAUCCAUAAGAAAUGCAGUGGAUAUGGCAUGCUUAUCAUUAGGUGUGUCCCAGUUGGAUUCAGUUAUCAUCGCCCCACCUCCACUUCCUGAGGGUGAAACUGUGACUCUGGACCACCUGCAGCCGCUGUGGUCCGAGCUGGAAAAAAUCGUCCAGAGUCAAAAAGCUGCUUCUAUCGGUACCUCAGACCUGGACAAGACUCAGCUAGAAGAGCUGUACAACUGGGCACAGGUUAAGCCGAGCAGUAACCAGGUAAACCUGGCCUCCUGCUGUGUGAUGCCUCCUGAUCUCACUGCAUUUGCGAAAGAGUUCGACAUCCAGUUGCUCACACACAAUGACUCCAAAGAGCUUCUCAACUCCGCAGGCUUUCAGGAAGCACUGCAAGAGAGCUUCACCGACUUACAGGUGGCAGACUGGCGGCUCGAGUGGGUCUUGCGCUACUCCAUCAUUGUCAAGAGCCGAGGCAUCAUCAAAGCCAAAGGAUACCUCGUUCAUUCACAGAAGAGCCCCAAAUAGCACAUACUACUCCAAGCAGAGCUGAUCACAGUACACCUCAUUUCUGGAAUUUUCCCAAAUACAUUGAUUUGAAAAAAAAAAAUCUUUGCUAUGGAAUAUAUAUACAUAUAUAUACAUGUGUUUCAUUUUUCCUUGUCAGUGCUCGCUGAAAUUCAUUUAAACUGAAAUACGCUGUGAAAUAUUUUUGUUUUUGUUUUUGGAAACCUGAUCUGUUCAACCUUUGUAUCAUAUACUUUUGCAGCCUGUACUAUGUUAAUGAUUUUAUGUAAUGUAGAUAACUAGUAACAGGGUGGAUGUACCACGCUUAUGUUCAUGUGCGUCAGACUUUUGCCAGUAAUUUCUUGGUUUCUGUUCAUGAAAUAUUGAAAAAGGAACUGUAUAAUGCCAGGAUUUUGUAAGUUUAUUAGAUGGGUAGGAGAGAUCAAUUACAGUAAAUGGGUUCAUAAGUUACCCUAAAUUAAGAAAAAAAGUUGUAAAUGUUUUUGGAAAGCACAUACAUUUCCAUUGAGGAAAAAAAAAAAUGAUGUAGUUGUCUGGGGCUACAACCUGCUAGCUAAGGUUGGUACAGUUUACUGAGUUUUUACAUGAUGUGUUUUCAUAACUAUCACUUUAUUUGGUUUGUCCUGUUUAAGAAGGUCUGUUUUAAAACCAUGUUGGUUCUUUAUGUAAUUUUAUGUUUUAUUAACCUAGCCAUAAAACAUGUAUAAAAAUUUGCCUACUUGUCAUUUCUUGAUUCUGGUGAUUAAAAUAUUGCACUGGUCCUGUGCAAAAGUUUUACAUAUAUGUAAACCAGCAUGUGUUUAUUAUAUGUGGAGAAAUGGCAAGAUAUCACAUACUAAGAACAUGAUUUUUUGUUUUACUGCUUCAUUGAACCAGAAUGCCUGUUUAAUUUUCACAGAUACAUGAGGUUCUAGAUUUGGCUACUGUACAUGUUCUUAAAAUGUUCCCACAUUUGACAUUUUUAAUUAGGUUCAUAAAGAAAACAUUCAAAGACUGGCA